AUGUCUAGACGAGGAUCGAACAUUCAGUUCAAAUUCCGGAAGGCGUUGAACCUUCGACGCAAGAACGGGGAUGCGCCCAACGCAGCUGUCUAUGCCAAGUAUAUCACCGACGAGACCGGUAAGAAAGGCAAGACCGACAGGACUGCCCUGCGGAAAAGCCACAACCCCGUCUGGGAUGAGAAUAUCAACAUGAACAUGCAACGGGAUAGCAAGGUGUCGAUGGACACUAAAGUGACGUUCAUCGUCGUGGAUUUACCCAAUCCCUUGCUCCCACUGUCGUACACUAAGAUUGCAAGGUCCAAGCCAUACACCGUGAGCGAACUCUUAUCACUCAGAGAUGCAAAGGAGGCUUCGAAAGAAGGCGAAGAGGGAUUCGCAGUGGCCCUGGACCAGGACGUAGUCGCCUCGACCACUCAAACGAACCAGCAGCCUCCUACAUUGAUACUAUCCCUCCAAGAUUUUUGGUCAGUAGACGACAAGAAGAAAUUCCACGAGCAAGUCAAAGCGCAGUGGAAAACUCGAAACCAGCAAGAUCUUAAUGUCGAGAUCGAUAAUCUGCGAAGAGAGUUCAUGGCUUUGAGCGCUGACCUUCCUACGGGCAUUAACGAGAAGACGAUUGUGGACAUCGCUUUAGGAGCUCUGAGCCUCCUCGUGAAUGUCGGUUCGCUCCCUGAGAUCCACGAGGAUCGCACCGUCGUCUCCUUAAUCUCCGCACAAUGCGAUAGUUUCAAGAAGAUCCGCGAGAAAGGACCUCAUCAUUCUCCUGACACUGUGAUCAAGCUCUAUGGCCAGAUAUGCUCAAAGAUCAUUGCCUCUUUGCGAUCGUUGAGCUAUCUUACAGCUAACGGGCUGAAACUCGCAUCUCAACCAGAUAUCACGACCAAACUACGCCCACUCUCGGAUAUGGAUGCGCCACAGCUUGGCACUGGUCAAGCAAAGAACGCGACGUCUGCUUCCAAUGCGACUCAGUUGGUUGCGUCGUGGACGCUGGGUGUCCCGAUGAUCGAGGCUCCGAGGGUGCUCUGGCUUUAUGGAGGUGAAAACACUGGGAAGAGUGUCUUUGCGGGUCGGAUUGUCGAGGCGUUCGAGGGUUUGGAUGCUGGUUCUCCUGCAUAUUUCUCUUUUUCUGGUCCCCCGGAUGGGGAGAGCGACAAGGCGAAUGAAGGUGUACACGGGUUGCACACGAUGGUUGCGACGCUGGCGUUCCAGUUGGCCGCAUACAACGAGGGGCUGGAGUCGGGUAUCUCGAAUACUGUGAAGCACUGUCCGGCGCUAGAGGGGAUGUCCUUUGAGGACGCGUUCAAGAGGCUAGUGCUUGACCCCCUCUCCAUGGCAUCGAAUGCGCAACAACACGAGAACGCCGAUGGCAAGUCUAGAUCGACGUCCUCCCGAAAGAACGCGAUCAUCAUUAUCCUCGACGAUAUCGAACAAUGUACACCUCAAGACCUCGACAAACUCCUCAAAGCUCUCGUUGAGUCGCUGGAUAACCUCCCGAAGAACGUGAAGAUCCUCUUACUCAGUCGGGACGUUUCCUCCAUUCGCGAAGCACUCGAGGGACACAGACUCGCUUCGAGCUGUGAAUUCACGAGUCAGGGAGGGGAGGGGACGCCUAUGAGCCCCAUCUUUUCACCGGUGCGUUUGAGCUUCGGUUUGAAUUCGAAUGGGAAUGGAGAGGGCAGCAUGUCGAGGUCAUCUUCGAUUAAAUGGUCGUCGAAUGAACCCUUGAGGAAGGAUUCGGGUGGUGGUUCGAAGGGGAAGAGGAGGAGUGGGGGGUCGGUCACGUCGUUAGGGGGUAUUUCGGAGCUUGAGAUUGGGGAUCCUGGGAAGGUCGAGGGGACAAAGUCGAGUUAA